UGUACUAUCUUAUUUGAUGAAUACAAAAUUAAUUGCACACAUAACUAACUAAGUGCAAUUGAGAAGGUGUGAAAUUAUUCCUCAAAUUUCUUCCGUAGAAGAAAUCAAAGUUUCAUAUCAGGAGUAUCGAUCGAUCGAUCAUUCAUAAUAACCAGCAACGUUAAUUUUUGAAGCGAUCUGAAUAAUCUUGGUGGUGCUGCCGCGACAACAUGGCGACGCCUAAUGUGACAUGUCCUGCACCGAUGAAAGCCACGUCUAAUGGUGCUUUCCAACACGAAAAUCCUCUCGAUUAUGCACUUCCGUUGUUGAUUCUUCAGAUAUGUGUGGUUGUCACGUUCACUAGAUGUAUUGCAUACCUUUGCAAACCACUCAAACAACCUCGAGUCAUUGCAGAAAUCAUUGGAGGAAUACUGCUUGGACCAUCAGCAAUAGGUCGAAGCGAGAAAUUCCUACACACAGUUUUCCCAAAGAGAAGCUUAACAGUCCUAGACACACUAGCCAACAUUGGUCUUUUGUUCUUCUUAUUCCUAGUAGGUCUUGAACUCGACAUGCGUUCAAUCCGUAGAACAGGUAAAAAAGCCUUAGCAAUUGCCCUUUGUGGAAUCACAUUCCCAUUUGUUCUUGGCAUAGGAACAUCCGUUGUUCUUAGAGCCACAAUCUCCAAAGGUGCACAACCUGUCCCUUUCCUUGUCUUCAUGGGUGUUGCUCUCUCAAUCACAGCAUUUCCCGUCCUCGCUCGAAUCCUAGCUGAGCUCAAACUGCUAACCACGGAUGUUGGUCGUAUAGCAAUGUCAGCAGCUGCUGUUAAUGAUGUUGCAGCCUGGGUACUUCUUGCUCUAGCCAUAUCAUUAUCUGGCGAUGACACGUCGCCCCUGAUUUCACUUUGGGUUAUGCUCUGUGGUACUGCUUUUAUUCUCUUUGCAGUUUUUGCUAUAAGACCGUUGCUUGCAUACAUGGCUAAGCGUUCCCCUGAGGGUGAACCUGUUAAAGAGCUUUACAUUUGUAUCACAUUGACAUUGGUUUUGGCUUGUAGUUUUGUUACUGAUACUAUUGGAAUUCAUGCAUUAUUUGGUGCUUUUGUUAUUGGUAUAAUUAUGCCUAAAGAUGGUCCUUUUGCUGGUGUUUUAAUUGAGAAGAUUGAAGAUCUUGUGUCUGGAAUCUUUUUGCCACUCUAUUUUGCUUCUAGUGGUUUGAAGACAAAUGUGGCUACUAUAAGUGGAGGGGUUUCUUGGGCACUAUUAUUACUAGUUAUAUUUACUGCUUGCUUUGGAAAAAUCGUUGGUACAAUCUCAGUAUCAUUGCUAUGCAAGGUGCCUUUUAGAGAAGCUCUUGCACUUGGAUUUCUCAUGAACACCAAGGGAUUGGUUGAACUCAUUGUUCUCAACAUCGGAAAGGAUCGCAAGGUACUAAAUGACCAAGCAUUUGCAAUUUGUGUUCUUAUGGCAUUAUUCACAACCUUCAUCACCACCCCAAUAGUGAUGGCAGUAUACAAACCAGCUCGAAGAGGAGCACCUUAUAAACACAAAACAGUCCAACGCAAAGAUCAAGAAUCAGAGCUCAGAGUCUUGGCAUGUUUCCACAGCACACGCAACAUCCCUACACUAAUCAACCUUGUAGAAUCAUCCCGAGGAACCCGAAAGCGAGGAAGACUCUGUAUCUAUGCAAUGCACUUGAUGGAACUCUCAGAAAGAUCUUCAGCUAUCUCCAUGGUUCACAAAGCACGUAACAAUGGAAUGCCCUUUUGGAACAAAAAACAAAAUGAUGAAGAUCAAAUGGUUAUCGCUUUCCAAACCUAUGGAAAAUUGAACAGUGUCAAUGUUCGUCCCAUGACAGCCAUUUCUGCUCUCAGCAACAUCCAUGAAGAUAUUUGUACUAGUGCUCAUCAAAAGCGUGCCUCGAUAAUACUCCUUCCAUUCCAUAAACACCAGCGUAUAGAUGGAACGAUGGAGUCAUUAGGACAUUCAUUUCAUGUAAUGAAUGAGCUUGUGUUGAGUCAUGCACCUUGUUCUGUUGGAAUUUUGAUUGAUCGCGGUCUCGGAGGAACAAGUCAAGUUCAAGCAAGUGAAGUUUCCUUUAAGGUUGUUGUAAUCUUCUUCGGAGGACGCGACGAUCAUGAAGCACUUGCUUAUGGUAUGAGAAUGGCAGAACAUCCAGGAAUUUUACUCCAUGUUGUUAAGUUCAUUUCUCCACCUGGAAUGACAUUGUCUUUUGGUGCUAAAUUGGUUGGUGUAGCACAAGAUAAGAGCAAAACAGUUGUGAUUGAUGAUAUUGAAGGUAGCCAUGAUGGUAGUAAAAAUCAAGAUGAACAACUCUGGAGUGAAUUCCAUAGUGCAAAGAGCAUGAAUGAAGAGUCAAUUAAGUAUGAGGAAAGGAUGGUUGAAAGUAAAAAUGAUAUUGAGACAGCAUUGAAGGAAUUGAGUAAGAGUAAUUUGAUAUUGGUUGGUAGAAUGCCACCAGUUGCACCAUUGGUUAGUAACAGUGAUUCUGCUGAACUUGGACCUAUUGGAAGUUAUAUGGCUUCUUCUAGUUUCUCAACUUCUGCAUCAAUCUUGGUGAUUCAACAAUAUAAUUCAACUACUGAUAUUCAUCCUCUUGUUAUGGAGGAAUUGGAUUGUCCUGAAGUGCCAGACACACCAACACGUUAGUGAAUUAAUUAAUGUGCAUGUCAUCAAAGGAAUGAUGGUGGUUAUUUAUAUGGUUUAUAUGUACUUUAUGUAUAUAUAAAUGAAAUGAAGGUGACUUUGGAAGCUUUCAGAGCAAGACUAUACUAUACUGGCGGAAUUAGACACUUUAUUAGUCUAUAUCCGUGACAUUUUAAAGUUGUUGGAUAUUUAUAUCGCAUUAUUGUACCCAGACAAUGUAUGGUUUGAAUUUUAUA